AUGGUAUAUUAGUCGAUUUAUUUCAACUUUUAUAUACAUCUCGCUAUAUUGAUAAUUUAUAUCUUAUCUUAUUUUGUGUGGGGCAAUCUUGCCACGGAUUUUUUUAUCGAAAAGGCUAUGAAUUCUUCAAUUUUAAGAAACUAUCGUCGGGCAAGAAUGCUGUUUUUUUGGUGUAAAUAUUUGAACAAAAUUUAGUUAUAUAGUUGUUAGCAAUUAUUAUCAAUAUUCUAAUCACUAUUUUAAGUGUUGAACUCUAGUUUUUUCAACUCAGCUAUGCUUUUGUUCUUUUUCCUCAAAUUAUACACAAUAUUAGAUGGAACUCCAUAGAGAAUUUUAAUUUAUUUUAUCUUUUUGGAUAUUUGUCUUCAGGAUUGCUAUUUUAAGUAUUUAUUUCAUAUUAAUAUAGACUUACUUGCAAUUCUAUUAUGUAUAGAGUAAUUUUAUAGAAUUCGAUUACCUAUUUAUAAUAUUAUUUUACUGUAUUUAUUUGAUAUCUGUUUUGCUUCUUUAUUUACAAUAUAAAUAUGGAUCAAGAUGCAUCUUACCUAAAUGGAUAUUGAAUAAAUAUUAUUAGGAUUGUGCUAUAUGCUUAGAUUGUAUUGUAAUUGCUGAUAUGGAGAAUCAACUUUUGUAAGCCCCAGUUGUUUUGACAUAGUGUAAACACAAAUUUCAUGAAAAAUGUCUAAGAAAAUGGUUAUAAGAGAAGGAAGAUUGUCCCUUAUGUAGAACAAAGUUAGAUGAGAUGAAUUGA